GUUAGAUAUGGGGAUCGUCUUGCAGUUAGAGCAUUUUGCCGUCAAAGACUCGCAGCAUGUGAAACCACCAAGUCCACUGCACUGCAGAGAUUAAGAGACAAGAUCCAAAAAAGAGGCAGUACAUCAGCAAAUGACGGGUGUUUAUUAAGCAAACUUUCAGGUAUCGGCAACAAACAUGCUUCUAAAGAGACCAGACGACUGGAAAUUGGGUGGCUUCAUUUUUAUAAAGGAGAAUUUCACCAGGUUCGGACAAGACAUGGAGGAGGAACGCGACAUGUGACGGUUAAAAAGAACACUUCGGUUGAGGAACUGAUGAUGAUUGGGAAGGAUUUGUUUUUUCCUAAAGGGAUUUCUUCAAAAGGCCCAACUGCAAGCUAUAUCUUUGAGAUGCGAGAUUUCAGCCAGACCACUAUUCCAUUCAGUCUUACAGUGAAUGAACUAUAUGAGCAGAGUAAACUCAGAAUGCUACGACUGUACGUAUGCACGAUGGAAAAGGAUUUGGUCAGUUCUCCCCAAGUUUCAUCAGACUCGUCCUCAGAUUUUACUCUUGACGAACUGGAACGAGAGCCAAGAGUGACAGAGAGUACUAGGAGAACCAGAAGCAUGGCAAGAAUAUUAGGACAACCACUUGUCCAAACAAGUGAUCCUGUGCCUGUCAAUCAUUCAUCACUCAUUGAAGAAGAGGAUAGAUUUCUCUACCAGUCAAAAUUCCAGAGAGGAAAAUUGGGCAUCCACUCCUCAUGACCAUGAAUCUGAUGAUGUGGUGUGUUUGAGCGAAGAGCCAGGGUCAUUCGUUGCGGUGUCUUAUGAUCUAGAACUGGAGGACUCCGAGAUCCAGAUUGGAAUUUCACAUGAUAAUUUUGCCAUUUUGGAUUCCACUCUUUCCUGGAAUACAGAAGAUGGGGAUCCUAGACAGAAUCCACCAUUAAUAGAUCAACCUCAGACAGAAGGAUCAUUUUCUGCAGAACAGCUGAUUGAAGAAACAGAGGAUCAUGAGAGCAUGAAAGAAAUCCAAAGUGUGAAAGUGAGAAGGGUCAAUAUAGUAAAAGAUGUUUUGGAGAUCUUCUCAAAACCCGAAGUAUUAAAGCAAGUCCUGCGUGUAGAAUUCACUAAUGAAAAUGCCAUUGAUGAUGAUGGAGUGUCACGUGAACUGUACACUGCCUUUUGGAAAGAUGUUCUUGCUCAGUGUGAGGGUGAGGAUGAACGAGUUCCAAGACUGAGACCAGACUACUCCGAGAGGGAGUGGCAGGCUGUUGGAAGAGUGUGGGUGAAAGGCUAUGUUGAUCAUGGUGUGAUGCCCAUCAGGUUGUCUCCGGCAUUUAUAUUGGCUUGUAUUGAUGGUGUUGACUCCGUUGUUGAAGAGCUCUUGAUGUCCUCAUUUUUUAAAUAUCUGUCUGCAUCAGAGCAAUCUGUUGUUGAAAAAGCUAUUCAAGGCAACCUGGAUGAAAAUAAUGCAGAAGAUUUACUUGAUCUCUUCUCACGGAUGGGUUCAUACUGCUUGCCUCCAAAAGAAAACAUUCGUUCUGCUAUUUUGACAAUGGCUCACAAAGUCCUCCUUCAAGAGCCCAAAUUUAUAAUUGACUGCUUCCGGACCAUUAUGCCAACUGGCAUUCUGAAUCUGACCAGACAAUGCAUACUUGAAGCAUACGAGUCAAAGAAAGCUACAAACAAGAAAGUGUCACAAAUGAUAAAGCCAGCAAAAGAUUGCUUGAACCAGCAAGAGCAGCUGACCCUUAAUCAUCUGCAGCGCUAUGUGAAAAAUCUAGACCAAAGAAAGCUGGAGACUUUCUCACGAUUCUGUACCGGCUCUACUGUCAUGUGUAAAGACAAAAUCGAAGUCAUGUUUAAUGUAUCAUGUGGCCUUGGACGUAGGCCUGUUGCACAUACAUGUGGAGCAGUUCUCGACUUACCGUGUACAUACAGCUCUUAUCCAGAGUUUCGUGCAGAGUUUGACAAUGUACUAAAUGGAGAUUGCUUUGCAAUGGACAUUCUAUGACUGUAUUAAUUGUAAUGAAAUGGAGUAAGUCAGGUUAAGCUU